AUGACCAACGCUUUGAAUAUCCUGGCGUCGUUGCUUUACUUUUUGUUGGGUAUCCAGGCCAUCCGAGGCCAAGACACGACAGGAUGGUCCGCGGGAAAAUUUCGUCAACAGGGCGAACAAGCCAUGCUGGAUGGAGAUUAUUCCCUCGCAGUGACUUAUUUGAAUCAGGCCCUUCAGCUAGAACCUAAAAAUGCGGGUACCUACAUGAAACUCUAUCGAGUUCAUCAACGCAAGAAACAAUACGCUGAAGCACUGGAUGACUUGACCAAGGCAUUAUCCAUUGACCCCAUGAACAAGGAUUAUACCAAGAAGAAAAUUAAACUUCUCAUUUCCCUGGGACAGUGCAGGGAGGCGGCUGCUUUUGUCAAUGAGAGCCAUAUCGAAGUUGAUGCAACCCAAGCACAAGAGGCGGAACAAUGCGCCCUGGAAAUUGAUCAGGCAGAACAUGCUUAUUUCACGGAACGAUAUGAAGAUGCGGCAGAUCUUUUCCAAAGAGCAUUGCUCCAUGUAGAUCUGCAGGGCUCGGACUUGCUGUGGAUGAAAGCACAGAGUUUAUUCCAUACAGGAGAGUUUUAUGGGGUCAUUUCCGACACGGGCAAAAUACUCAAACAGCAUUCCAAUCAUCUAGAUGCAUAUGAGUUGCGUGGAAAAGCCUACUUUCGGCUAGGAGAACACGAACAAGCCAUUCUGCACUUUCGAGAAGCACUCAAAUCGGAUCCAGAGCACAAGGGAUGCAAACAGGGACACAAGUUGGUCAAGAAAUUUGAAAAAUUGAGAAAGAAGGGGGAAACCGCUUUUGAGGGUGGAAAAUACAAGGAGGCCAUUGAUUAUUGGUGGGAGGCCAUCAACAUUGAUACCUCUCAUAUUGCAUUCUUCCUUCCAACUUUGCUGAAAGUAGUCCAGGCUCACACUAAACUGGGAGAACACGCCAAAGCUAUUGAAGAGUGCCAAAAGCAUGUCAAUUAUCAGGAAACUGUGGAAGGAUUAUGGGCUCUAGGAGACGCGCAGACGGCAGGAGAGAAGUUCGAGGAAGCAAUUCGAUCCUUUAGAAGGGCGGAGGAGAUUGCAACCGAAGAAGACAAGAGACGGGCACAAGAAAAAAUCAGAGAGGGAGAAACCGCUCUGAAGCAGUCCAAGGAGAAGAACUAUUACAAGAUUUUAGGCAUCCCACGAACGGCGAGCAAAAAAGAGAUCAAGAAAGCCUACAGAGAACUGGCCUUGAAGUGGCACCCUGAUAAGAAUGCCGACAACAAGGAGGAAUCGGAGAAGAUGUUCCAAGAUAUCAGUGAAGCCUAUGAGGUUCUCAGUGAUGAAGAGUUGAAGGGAAAAUACGACCGUGGAGAGCCCGUUUUCGAGAACCAGGGUGGUGGACGCCCUCACACGAACCCCAAUCAAUUCUUUAGGCAACACUUUAACCAAGGAGGUGGUCACGGUCGACCUGGUGGGGGUAACUUUCAUGUUCGGUUCGGUUAA